CUUUCUCCCUCUCUAACUUUCCCCUUAGAGACUCCUCUUUGUCUUCAACUAGGGUUUCCUCUCUACAAUCAACAAAAAGAAUCUCAAUACUUGAAAAUCUUCUUCAUAAAUUUCAAUAUCCCUUCUUAUAUUUAAGACACAAAAGAGAGAAACAAAGAAGACUAAACCAUUCUGAGUAGAUAUCAAGGGCCACUUUCUCUUGUUGCUCCAUCAUAAGGGGAUAAAUAAACAAAAAUGGCAUCAUCGUAUUCAAACUACACAAACUCACCGUGCGCGGCAUGCAAAUUCCUCCGGAGGAGAUGUACAUCAGACUGCGUGUUCGCACCAUAUUUUCCACCAGAGGAACCUACAAAGUUUGCGAACGUCCACCGGAUAUUCGGAGCAAGCAACGUGAGCAAGAUCCUCCACGAGGUGGCGCCACAUCAACGAGAAGACACCGUGAACUCACUGGCUUAUGAGGCGGAGGCACGGCUAAAAGACCCAGUGUACGGCUGCGUUGGAGCCAUCUCGGUGCUCCAAAGACAGGUCUUGAAGCUGCAAAGGGAGCUAGAGGAGACAAAUGCUGAUAUCAUGAGGUACGCUAGUUCUCUUGGCAGUGAAACGACGUCGACUUAUGGAAGACACAGAAGUUGACUGGUCAAACGAGGAUAUCGUCGUAUCUAUGUGUAUGUUUAUUUCUAAGUUUAUACUUAUACGCAUGUGCGAUCUAAAUUGUAUUACAUGGAACGUCAGAGGAUAUUUUUGAAUACGUUGCUGCAUAAGGAAAUAAGUAAUUGAUGUAUGUAUAAUGCCAAUCUUUGUAGCA